GUUUUCAGUUGGCGACGCUUGUUUGUUUUGAUUGUAUGUAUACAAAUUUUUGAUUUUGAAGUUUUAUCAUUAAAGUUAUAUUAAUUCGUGAUGGUCUCGAAGCAACGUUUCUGUUCGUCCGAAGGAAAAUCGCCAGCGGUUAGUUAUGACUGAUACAGACGAUACCGACGAGUUGUUGUUGAUUCCUCCCGAUUUCUUUUCGAUCGAAUCCGAUUCGAAUCACCCGGACUCGGUGCCGCAAUACUACAACAUCGUAGACAAGCUCAUCAAGCAAGUGGACAGUCUACAGACCCGUUUGAAAUCCAUCGAAACCUCCAAGGCGUCGGAUUUCGCGCUAAACAUGGACACCAAGCAAGACUUUCGCAGAUUUAACAGCACAGACGACUUGCCAACGCGCGGUAGUUUCAGCGCUCAAAAUACCCCCCAAAAACCAUCUUCCAAAUUCCGGUUGAGUUCCUUACCGAACAGCCCAAACAUCGACCGAUUCAAUUACGAACGAAAGAAUUUCAAUUCGAAAUUCACCGAUGACAGCGCACUGAAUUCGAAGCACGCAAGAGACCAGCCGAUUAACGAAGUCGAUACGUUCCUAUCCAAAGUUAAAAGCAUCCAACGGUUAUCGACCGUACGAAAUCUAGAAAACGAUUUCGAUAACUACAAAACCACCAAACCCAAAGAAGAACCGUACGCCUUAAAAACCACCUGGCAAUGCGGGGACAACAAGGACAGCGUUCCGGAUUACGGAAUGGGCAUGAGGGACGCCCUCUACGACAACGAUAAACUAAAAUCGGACAAUUUCGAUUCGCUGUCGCCCCCCGACAGGCAUCGCAGUUUCUCCGACUCCAGCACCGACUCCACUCUGACCACGGCCUACGCCAAAUCGAAGUCGAACCGGACCGAUUCGCAGGACCCCAUUCACUUCAACGCGCUCAAAGCCAUCGACAUGCACAAGAAACUGAUGGAGGAGUCCAGCGUGAAGAGGACCCCGUACAAGAAGAAGUCCCGGAGCUCCGUCGGCGAAGAGCUGGGUUUGAUGAAUCUUGCCGAUAUCUGGGGCAACAAGGGGCGCGCAAAUUUGAACGUGCCCGAGCUGAUGCAGAAGUUGCAGGAGGAGAAAUGCAGGCGGCAGCAUUGCGAAAACAUCAUCCAGGAAUUGCAAACGAGGAACCUGGAGAUGCAACAGAAAGUCUCCGUGGCCGUUAAAGUCGACGACAGCAAGAACAAGACCAUCCAACAGCUCCAAGACACUGUCGAGAAGUUGCUGAACAGGUUCGAGAAAUUGAACAGGGAGAAAAUCGACAGGGAAUUCGACGUCGAGAAGCUCAAAAAGAGGCUGAUGGACGAAAAAGAGGAAACGAAUCAAAGAAUCCACCAUUAUGAAAGCGAAGCUUCGAAGGCCUUGAAUUUGGCGCACGCCAAUCAGGAAAAAUCCGUGGCGUUGGAACGAAAAUGUUGCGAUUUGGAAGCCGAAAAUCACUCGUUGAAGAAGAAAUUGGAAUCGCUCGAGCAAAAUUACGCCAAAGAAUGCGAUAAAAACAAACAAAUCGCCGAUAUUUUGACGAAGAAAGAAGUGGAAAUCAACGAAAACAAAUUGACCCUCUCGAACGCAUCGGCCGAAAUAAACCAAAGCAGGAAGACGAUAGAGAAUUGCGAGAGGGAAUUCGCCAGAAUGAAAGAAGAUUACCACAAAAUCGACGAGAAGCUCAAAGAGGAACGAAACCAAACGGUCAAACUCAACAAAGAAAUCAUGGAUUUGCUCGACGAAUUGGAGAGUAGAAAAAAACGCGAAGUAAGCGAGCUAUACUCGGAUAUCGAUCAUAGGUUCGUUCCGACGGAAGUCGAACUGCAAGAGGAAAUCGCCGCGCUGACGAGGCAAUUACAAAGCAAUAAAGUAGAUUUAAGGAACUUUUACCAAGGCCAAGUGGAAAUUCUGGUGCAGGGGAAAUUGAAGGAGUUCCAAUGCCAAUUGGACCGGACCGAGGACAAUUUCAAGGAGGAGAUCAAAAAGAGGGAAAUGGCCGUCGCCAAAUCGGCCGCCGAGCAUUUGCAACGCCUGUCGGAAAAGUCGUCGCUCGAAAUCAAAUUGCUCGAAAGGAAACACCGAGAAGAGAUAAAAUUGUAUCGAAUCGAAGUGAUGAAGUACAAACAACAGGCGGAGAGCAUACAAAACAGAUUGCUGCAUUUCCAGGAGAAACGCGUGUCGGUAGCCAAGCAAUUGCAAAAAGUUAUGGAGUCCCAAUGGAGCGAGGCGAUGAAGAUAAUCGCCAAUGGAAAGAACCAAUUGAACAAUUUAAAGACGAAAUCGUACAGUAAUUUGGAAGAGGUGCUCAGCCAACACGAUGGUAUCGAACACGACGUAGGUUGUAGUAAAGGAAGAGAUAUAUGGAAACAGGAGGAACCUUUGGAUACCCCGGUAUCCAGUAAAAUGGUUCCUUUAACGAAACCCGGCAUAGGCGAAGCGGAGAUACAAAAAUACAUCAAUAUGUUUUUGAAUAAAGCGCCAGGAAAUGCCGGAUUGCAGGAUGAUUUGGUGCAGGAAAUGGAGAAUCAGUACCUCGAAGACUUGAAUAGGGACAAAGAAGACGGAUCCAGGACGGGGAAAGGACAACAAAAGGACCGCAAAGGACUCAAACCGCCUUGGAAAUGAACGCAGUAAAUUUAAUGUUCGAGAAUUUUAUAUUUUAUUUUUUUAUUAGAGAAUUCGUAACGUUUAUUUUUAUAUACAGUAACGUGGACAAUAAAAUUGUAUUUUUUUAAAUUGUAGUACUCUGACUAAAUGCCCCAAAAAUUAGCCAUAUUCACCCAAUGCCUGUUAAAUCGCUAACAGAGAGAUAAGUUCUUAUCAGUCUGUUAACGCCAUAUUUUGGCAUUCAUUAAUGUCAGUUAAUACUUAACAGUCAGAUAAAAGUAAUAGAGCAAAAUCGAACUGAUAAUAGAAGUAACUGAUUGAUAACUUCAAUACAAAUGUCGAAAUUAUGAAGUUAGGAACUAUCAUAAUACCAAUUCAAUCUUGGUAAUUUUUAAGAAAACUGUCUGUUUACUAUUCACUUCAAAUAACGCGGUGAAUAACAAACAUUGUUAACCGACUGUUAAAUGUUAUGAAACCGACAGUUAUCAGCUUGUUAAACCGAAAUUGGCGAAUACUGGCGUUAGUACUGCAAAAUUCCUAGUGUACAUGUUUCAUAGGAUGUCUCCUACCAGCAACCGCCGGUCGGUUAAUCAACACCGAAGGCGGUAAAUCCGCGUCGGUGGAAUUACAAUUAGCCUGUUGCAUAUCGAACAUGUAAGACAAAUCGAUAUCGUACCUGGGCAGCUUAUCUCUCAAGUAAGAGAUCACGUUCUUCCCCAA